GCACUAUUUUCUUUGUAUCUAAAAAGAGGAGAGUUGUCAGGGCUCCUGGUCGAUUCUGAAAGUCACCGGAAGGGAGCGCUAGAGAACCGCGCUUCACGUUCAGAGGUGACGUCAGGACGCACGUACUAGCGGGGCAGCGCGGCGCUAAAAUUCAAAUUGUAGUCGCGGCGGCGGGAGCGUGUCUUCCGUCUGGGGGCGGAUGAGUCGCACACAGGUCUCUUGUGCCGACUCUCCUGCGUCCUGGACCCCGUACCCUCGAUGGACGGCAUGAAAGGAGAUGGAAACAAGGCCGAAAACUUAAAACCAAGGGAGACCGUAGCGGAGAACCCACACAUGAUGGAGGAGGCCCUUCAUUACUUCAAGCGGAUCACGUCCAGGGUGUCCCUGAAGGGGAACAAUCUCCUUAUCCAGCACCUCAUUACCAUAGAGUCCAUUGGCCUGAAACGUGGCAUCCCGGCCGAUGGCGUGGACCUUCUGCUCAGACUCGCCCUCAGUGGCAACCUUGUGGACCCUGUGAAUACGCGGAUCCUGAAGUGCCUCAUUCCAGCAACAGAACUGCAUCCGGACUCCAUUAUUGCUGCGGUGUCUCUAUUCUGCACCGGGAAAAGCAGCACCAGCACCCGGAUCCUGUUUAUUCGCUGGCUCAUCUCGGUGUUCGAUCUCAUUCCAUGCAAAGAUGCCCUCUCCUCGCUUUACAACUUCUUCUUCUGUUUGUUACUGGACGACAAACUGUGCCCAUCGUUAUGUCACCUGCUGUACCUGCUGACCAGAAAGGAGCAUGUAAAAGCAUACAGAGUCCGAACUCUACUUGAACUGCAGAGCAGAAAGGGACUUCACUCGCACAUCCUCGGCCUUCUAUCCAUAUAUAAGGUGUUUUGUCCAGAGUUGGUGUCUCUUACUUUACCCAGCAGAGUAAAGAUGUACUUCAAGGAUUCUAACUUGCUAUUUACCGCCGAGUUGAAAGCUAUCGCAAAGAUUAACUCAGGGGACCCUGUUAGAGAUUAUAAGCUGUAUGUUGGAGAAACGAAGAAACCGCCAUCACGAGCUGUCAAACGGAAGUGGAACAGCAAUCCUUAUGUGCCCGUGAGCAGCCGCACCGUCUGGAGCAGCGAUUCCAACAGUUUAGCACCCAGUUAUACUACUCCUAUGGAGAGAAUUCAGACGUUUUCACAGCUUCUGGAGAACAUCCUGAAACUUGAGCUUCCAGCACAGAUGGGCUGCGUAAUACACAGUCCUAUACUGUUGAAUUUCAUCAAUUGUAUUAAUGAAGACGACUCUUUGCUGCGACUGAACUACUGGCUUGCAUUUACACUUCAUGAAGAAUGCGCCUGGUACAGUGGGCAGAAACGCAAUAAGCAGGAAGUCGAAGCGUUUUUAAACGCCAUUAUAAACACCCAGGAAUUUCUUCAAGAAGGACUUUCAGGUACGGAGGAAUUUCUUUAUAAAUGUCUACCGCGCUGGAAUGGGAAAUACUGCACGCAGAUAUUGCAGCUCAUUAGUUGGAUUCCACUUUACUCCUUUCCAGACAUUGAAGGUCUGCUGUUCGAAACUCUUAUGCAACUGUUUGUCUCAUCAUCUUUGAGUUUUAAAAUUGAUAUGUUGAAGGCUCUGAAAAAACUUUUGCUGAACUGGUUGCUGAAACAUUCUGUCUGUCCAGACCACGGGAGUGCAGACCAGAAUGACACCAUGUCGGGCCUGAUGACCUCUAUGGAUGAGAUGAUCCAGUUCACAGGCCGCUUGUGUUCUUUGGGUAUCCAGAUGCACAAUAGUCCACUUCUCCUACACAUUAUUCUGGACUUCUAUAAACUGGUCUCUGAUAUAUACUUAUGGUUUAAUUUGCCUCUGAUAAUCCUUCCACCACCUGCGGUCUUUUAUGCAGCUCUUCUCUGUACAGACUCUGCCAACCUUAACCAGCUCUGCUACAUCAUGUAUAGAUAUAGGAAUAACCUCCUAACGGCAAAAAGAAAUGAGAAACGUAAAACGAAUCAAGUCCCUUUGAAUAUAAGCAGCCAGACGUAUCAAGUUUAUAACCAGUACCUGACUGCCAUGGUGGGGUGCCUCUGGACAUCACAAGCCUUUAGCAGUGACAGCCAUCCUCAGGGUAUCAAGAUGGCACCAGAGCUACUUGAAAAGACUGGAGUUUUGACGUAUAAGAAGGCUUUCAAUAUAGUAUUCCACCCUGCAUUAAUGAGCUUCGCCGUCACCUUUCUAAAAGAUAGACUCUCUGAAGACAAAAUGUUUGACCUCCAUCUUUUAAAGGGCCAGUACUGGGAUGCCUAUCUUGAAUUUCUCUACAGCGAAGGAAUGACUGAUCUUAAGCUUUUCUUGGAGAACAGUGUGAAUCGCGUGAGCUCCAAGAAGAGAGACGAGCAGGAACAUCAAGUGUAGCUGAAUGCUUGCCUCAUGUACAUACAGUAUAUAGCGGGUUCUUUUUUAUAAAUCAGUAAAUUUACAAUAAAUGUGUGUGUAUACUUAGGCUUUAAAGGUUUUUUCUUUUCCACAAUAGACAAUUAUGGUAGUGUGUGUAU